GAAAGACGAUAUGCUGCAAAACCCCGGAGCGAAUCCCCCACUGCCCAGAACCCCCAAGCCAUGCCUGUCGCCAGGGUCGAUGACGUUCCGCAUUCACGUUGGCCGCUUGUUAACUAUCAAGUUUAGCCGAGGCCGCUUCAGCUCCAUCGUUCCCCGACCGUCGCUCCAUGACCUGUCGUUUCCCCAUCUCUUCUCUUCACUUGAUUUAUCUCCUGGACUUCCUCCCACCAACCCCCCGGCACUGCGAUAAAAAUUAUUCCGGACGAUAACCCUAUAAUGAUCCUCGGUUCCGCCUCGGCUUUUUGGAAGAUAAUCGCCUGAUCCCUUCCCCUGCUCCACCAUGAUCGGUGCUACGAGGCGCUGGUUCCGGCGCAAUCGCAAGGGCCUUGCGAUCGGGGCUGGCGUGAUCGGAGCGGGUUACCUAGCGGGACAAUACGUGCUGAACAAGAUUUCGGAAGCUCGAGAGCGUAUGAGCAGUGAUCGAAUUGCUCGCGAGAACCUACGACGGCGCUUCGAACAGAACCAGACUGAUUGCACCUACACCAUCCUCGCCCUCCUACCAACCGCCGCCGAGGAUAUCCUAGAGGCCCUCCCCGUGGAAGAAUUGACCAAGGAGCUACAGAAGAAACGGGCGGAGAGGCUGGCUCGCCUCAACGGUGGCGAAGCGACCUCGUCGGAUCUCAGCUCGGUGGCCCCCAGUCUCCCCGAGGAGGAUGGACGCAGCCUGUCCAGUUUCCAGAGCGAUGGAUUCCUUCGCACUAGUCAACUGGGGGAGUCGACUCUCGAGGGGGAUGGUUCGCCGCGGCCGAAGCGGAACAAGACCCAGCUUUGGAACGAGGUGAAGAUCACCUCUAUCACUAGGUCCUUCACUCUCAUCUACACGCUGUCCCUCCUGACCAUCUUCACCCGGAUUCAACUCAACCUUCUCGGCCGCCGGAACUACCUCUCCAGCGUGAUCUCCCUGGCCACACCCGCGAACACGUCGACAAUCAGGCUGGAAAACCACGAGGAUGACGAUCUGACUCAGACCUUGGGGAAUGACUUCGAAACCAACCGGAGGUAUCUCGCCUUCAGUUGGUGGCUGCUGCACCGGGGUUGGAAGGAUUUGAUGAACGAGGUGCGAGAGGCCGUCCAGGAAGUGUUUGGCUCGCUGAAUCCCCGCGAGGACAUUUCGCUGGCACGACUCUCCGAAUUGACUCUCCAGGUCCGGAAGAAAGUGGAAGGCCAUACGGGCGCGGAUCGAAAAUACCGAAAAUGGCUGUCCUAUUUGCUUCCUCCCUCCGAAGAAGAGGAGGGGCUGCUAGAGGAGUCCGGAGUCCUGGGGGUCGCAGAGCCGUCGACAACACAAACGGCGACGACGCUCCGGCAUCUCCUGGAUGAGACGGCCGAUCUGAUUGAAUCCCCCAACUUCACCCGCGUCUUGAUGCUCCUUAACAACGAGUGCUUCGAGACGCUGAUGCAGCAGUGCAGGGCCGAUGCAUUCAAGGCAUCGCCCAACGUGCCCGAAACGACACCGCAGUCGUUCACGUCCGUUGCCACGGUGGUUCCCGUGGCCGGCAGCUCGGAGCCUAAGACGAAGCUGGCCAACGUGCUGGCCGUGAUGGCCCGACAGGCCCAUGUGAUUGGCAACGGCACCACGCCUCCGAACCUGUACCUGGCUGCUAUGGAGCAGAACGUCCGCGAGCUAGAAGCGUUUGCGGCCGUGAUCUACAGCUCGAACUUUGAUUUCGAAUUGCUUGGACCCGAGACCAAACUCGGCUCUUUGGAGAAAGAGGGCGACGGGCCGGAUACGAUAGCCGUGGGGAAGGACGAUGAAGGGUCGAUGGUCGAGGUCGAGGCCGUUGAAGACUCAUCCAUUGCGCCAGCCGGCGAUGAGUCGGCAUUCGAGACGGCGUGGGGGAAAGCGGUCGAGGAGCAGCCAUCGAGUGGGCCAGCCACGGAAGCUGGUCGGUAG